GAUCGAAUAUAUCCUGCUCCUGUCUGUAACUUUAUCUCAGCGCUUCUCAACCUUUUAUAGUUUUGCUUCAGGACAGAUUUUACAUUGGACAUCAAGUGUCGACCUGCCAUAGAUUAAACAUAACCUGUAUUUAAUUUAUCCUGACUUGCAUUUCCUUUUAUGUUGCAUAGUUUUAUGUUGCAUAGUUUUCCAGUAGGCCUACAAGGACCAGGAGGUGGAGCUUGCACAGUCGUUGACAUCAACUAACGUUACUUAGUGGCGAGUUAACAGCAGUUAGCAGGAAAGACAGCAAAAAUUAAGCAAAUGAGGCUUUGGGGAUUUUUCCGAAAGAAGUCCGUAGGUUUUGGGACUACAAUCUGACCAGCUCUAUUGCAGUGAGCACGUGAAGGGUUCCUAAGAUUGAGAAGACUAAUGUAUUUGGGUACACUUUACCUGUUAAACUUUCUCACCUUUUUUUGAGCACUUUAUCUUGAAAAGGUAAAUAUAAAUGAUGUGUGAAUGUCUCCCUUUGCUUCCAUUGCCCCCCUUAUGCCUAUGUAAUUUUCUAGAGUAGAAUUUUAUUAGUCAUUUUGACCUGCAGUGGCUGUUCUGACUCAUGCACAAGGCUAGAUCAGACGUGUGAAGAUUUUAUUUAAUAAUUUACAAUUCUAAAAAUUUAAACGAGUGAGUGAUUUAACCAGAACAAAAACGGAAGGGGGACAAAGCCUGGACAUAGAAAAUCAAACACGACUACAUUUCCCAUGAUCCACCGCGGAGGUGAAAGUGGGCGUUGCGUACAGACUGCGCGGGCUUCGUUCGAAAGAAAAUGGCGGAGCUUCAGAAUGAUAGAGUAGAACGGUGUGAUGUCAGCGCCGCCCACACUGAGGUGUCAGAAGAUUCUCACGGGAUCAAGCGGCCACAUGAUAGUAAUCACAUCUCAGGUCCUCCUCUGAAGUCUCCCUGCACAUCACCUGCUCCUGCAGUGAUCCAAACAUUAGGGGAGGAGGAGCGGCCGAAGGACUCCAAGAUGAGCUCUGUUGAGGACGGUAUUAGAGAAACAAUGAGCAUGAAUUUCACUGCUCCAGAGCAAAGUCCUCGCUCACGGAGGAAAUCAUGGAGGAGAUCGUCCAGAGGCAGGAGGUCCCUCCCAGCCUUCCACAGUAAUUCACAGCCCCUAUGUGAAACCAUCAGUCUGUCUUUACCUGACAACGAGAGACUGGAAAAGCUUUUCAAAGCUGCAAUGCAGAGGACAGUGAAGAGGGUCAAAAGCAGUUUAUACACUAUUCCUGGUGUUGAUAUGGAGUCGCUUCAGACUCAAGUUGAGACUUUGCAAGAAGAAUGGGACAGUCUGGCCAAAGAGAUCAGCAGAGAAACUCAGAAUUCACUCCCAAGCGUAGAGAGUGAACCGCUUGUUAAAGGGACCACUGCACGCAUUCAGGAGGACAUCGACAGGUUACAGGCUGAAAGUAUGUCAUGGGAGUCUCUGUUAAAUAAACACCGGACCAAAGCUGAUGAACUGGACAAGUGUGUGGAGCGUGGAGAAGAGAAAGGAGUUCCACUGGAUCCAUCCUGCUUUGCCAAGUCCUCACAGAGUCAACUCAUUCUGAAUAAACCUGACUACAAGUCAGUGCUCAUCAAGCAGCAAAAACUACUCCGAAACAUGGAGCUAGUGAUGGACUCUCAGUGUUGUAUAAUGAGGGAACUGCUGUCUUUUCAUGAGAAAUCUCAGCUACUGGUAAAGGAGACUAGUGCCAGACUGGCUUGCAGGGCUGGAUUCCAAAAUCUCCCUUCAUCUCCAGUCAGACAGCUGAUGAAAGGACCCGUAUCUAAUGUGUCCUCCUAGUGUACAGUGCUGCAAUUACUUGCAUAUGAUUCAGUGUUUACACCGCAAACUUCUGUUGAUAUUAUAAUACAAUCUUGGCUAUGCAUGAUUAACCUUUGUAACAUUAGUUGUUUUUUCCUGUAACGUUUAUUUGUUCUUUUGAAAUACACAUGCUCUUUGUUUUAGUAACUAUUGCAAAUGAGUAUAUGACUUAUAGCUCCAAGUUUUCUCUGAGUUCUCUGUAUGGACAGUAACUUGAAUUGAUGACUUUAAAACAUGCAUCAUCUAGUUUUCAUUUGUCUCUGAUGUUAAAUGAGAGAUUACAAACUUUUAGAAUUAGUACAUGAUGCACCAAAAUGGGCACUAGAUGUCUAAUUAUUCACCUAGUGAUUCAAAGCUCUGCUUUUAUCCUCUUUUGAAAGAUUUUUGUAUA